AAAGGCUAUGUUCAAAUGUCAGAGGGCAACUGAGAAUACUGCUUGGAGGACAGCACCUGAAGCAAAACAAUUUUCACCACUUCAAGAUUGCAAAAUGAAGCUUCUUAUUUUUGUAGCCUUCAUGGCCACCAUCUUCAAUGUCAAUGCUGGCAAGAAACUGAGACUGCUGGCAGGUCUAAAUGGUGGAAUUGUGUCUGGGGUUAACCCUGGACUGGUGGUUGGGGGCCUGAACCCUGGCGUCCUCCCUGGUGGCACUGGGUUGAUUGGGCAGCCUCAGUUUGCCCAGAUGGUCCCAGGUGUCCCCACAUAUGUCAUGCAACCCCAAGCUGUUCCCAAUGGUCCCUAUGGUUUCCCCAAUGUCGGGAUGCUGCAGCCUCAACUGUUCCCUAACUUCCCUGGGCAGUACCAGUAUCCUGCCCCACCAGCUAACGGGCUGCCUUACUACAUGGGUGUCCCUCAAAUGACAGGGAUGAAUCCUCCACAACAGCAAGUCAUGGGAGUCCAAGGUGCAGGUGGGAUUCCCAUGAUGCAACAGCAGCAGCCACAGCAGGGUCCUCCACAAGCAGAGCCCGUGAGAAGAUUCAAGCGCUUUCUGAUGAGGAGGGCUCACACCAUGAAACCUGAUUUGGACAUUCAGAUUUCAACUGAGACAACCACAACUCCGUCCCCAACUACUUGUCAAGACAAUAUUCCAGUUUAGAGUCGACAAUUUUGAGAGGAACAAGGUGUCUGCUGUAGAACAUGGACACAGGGGAAUUUCACCAAGUCGUCCACAGCACUUUAAGUUAAUCAUAUCAGAUACGCUAGCGGUUAAGAGCUUUGGUCCAUUAACCUAAAGGUUGCUG